AUGAAUGCUUCCGGAAUACCAUCGGCAGGUAGCUGCAAGACAUGCAAUCGGUCGGAUCAAGCCGAAGAUAUGGUCGCGUGCGACGGCUGUGGAACCUGGUUUCAUUUCACUUGUGCGGGAGUGCAGGCUUCCAUCUGCAACAAGCCAUGGUACUGCGGCUAUUGUUCGACUCAAGGCGACAAUCAAAGCAGCUCAGCGAUAUCUGUCGGCUCAGGUAGCUCUAGUGCUCGUUUACGUUUGAGGCAGCUAGAAGAGUCCAAAGCACUGGAUGAUCGUUUGCUACUACAACAAGCAGAAAAAGAGCGAGCUUUUUUAGCUGAAAAGCACCGGUUGGAGACUGAAAUUCAGUGCGAACGGCAACUGAAAGGAAGCACAUCGAGUUUUAGAAGCCGGCUCAGUCGUCGCAGUCAUCGGAGCGAGAUUAGAACCUGGAUCAAUCAAUCGAUGGAAACUCCACCGACGGUCGUAACACAACAAGCUGGUGCGUCAACAUCAACUCCCGUUGGGUCCUCCGGGAACGUCAUUCAAGCAGUAAAAGACAUGCGAUUGACCCAGCCAGUUCAGUCAAUCCCCCAGGGGAAUCAUCAGGAGGUUGUUCAGAAAAUCGUCGUCCCACCUCCGCCUACCAACACGAAUAUCGUACAUACCACUAUAGCUGUUCCACUAGGAACUGAAUUGAAAACAAGUGUUGCUCCUAUUAUAACCAACGCUAUUUACCCGCCUAAGCAGCCAAUUCCGGCACCGCAUCACGAUACUUUACGCCGAGAUCAGCAGAAACAACAUCCUCCAGGUCCGCCUAAGCAAGCACUUCCACCGACAAGCCAGUCAGGUCAAUUAGAGGUAGCGCUACCAGGCAUGAAUCUUACGGUGGGAAAGUCAGUUCCUGCCGCAUCUCAUUUAGAAGAUCGAAAACAAGAGAAAGCGUUAGAUAGGCAUCAACAAACCCAUCUGUAUAAUCAGCGCGACGGUCAAUUAAAAAGCUAUUCUUUGCAGCCAGCAGGGAACCACAAUGCCACGUCGCUGAAUGCUCCAUUGCCCCCUGCCCAGUGGCACUCAAGCGCUAAUAUAAGUUCCAUGCAUAGUCAGCAGCAGUUCCAUAAAAUUAAUCAGAACCCCAUUGCACCAUCGAUCAAUACCUUCUAUCCGAUGAAUUUCUACCCACCGCAGUAUUACACCGGAAUGAGUACAGGUGUGUCGCCAGCUUGGAUGCACCAACACACCGCGAACCAGCUGUCGGGUGCGACUGAAGCUAAUGAAGCUGUGCCUCAAGUAUAUGCGGCGACAGCGCAGCAUGAUCGCCAGCAAAAUAUGCAGCAAAAUAUCCAGCAAAAUAUCCAGCAGCCACUUCCUGGCCAAGCUUCGGGUAUCUACUUUACACCAGCUACUGAAGGAGUCUUGAGUGCACAGCAACUGGCAGCACGUCAAGUUGUAUCACGCGAAUUGCCUAAGUUUUCAGGUGAUCCUCUCGAGUUGCCAAUGUUUAUCAACGCGUUUGAGUCCACUACGGCGAUGUGCGGUAUACAGCCAGAUGAAAAUUUGGCUAGGUUGCAAAAAAGCUUGGUAGGGGGCGCCCGGGAGAAAGUUCAGAGCAUAUUAACUCUUCCUGCAGCGAUUCCCGAGAUCAUUCAAACUCUGCGGGAUGAAUGCGGACGACCUGAACAGCUAGUUCAUUGUUUACUGGAAAAGAUUCGUCAUGCUGCUCCGCCAAACGUAAACAAACUUGACACUCUUAUAAAUUUCGGUAGGGAGGUCAAAAAUUUAGUGAUUUUUAUCGAAGGCGCCAGACUACAAGACCAUUUAUCGAAUCCGAUGUUGCUGUCAGAGCUGGUUGGAAAGCUACCCCCAAGCCUACGGUUAGAAUGGGGGCUUCAUACGCAGAAAGUUCCUCAAAUAACGCUAAAAGCAUUUAGUGAUUACGUCACAGCCAUCAAAAGUGCUGCUUGCAAAGUCUCGUUACCUUCAGACUGUUUUCAGGAAGAAAAUCGACGAGGUAGGAAGGAGAAAGGUGGUUUCGUGAAUGCACAUUCUGUUGAGGAGAAGUCUACGAUCGCUUCGAGCUCAAAAAAAGAGUAUCAAGCCAAAUUCGAGAACAUCGCUCCCAAACCAUGCCCCGCGUGUAACAGGAAUGAUCACAAACUGCGGAACUGCGGUAAAUUCAAAGGUUUCAAUAUGGACCAACGAAAGCGUAUUGUUGAACAGUCGAAACUAUGUCAACGUUGCUUGGGAAGUCACGGUAAAUGGCCUUGCCGAACGAAACAAUCCUGUGAAGUCGAUGGUUGCAAUGAGUUUCAUCAUAGCCUUCUCCAUUCACCAAAUCCGAAGCAGGCAAGCCCAGUUCUGCCAACAGGCUCGUCGGGAGUUAUUUCUGCUCAUUGUUCUCGCCAAGCUGGUGUUUUAUUCAAGGUGCUUCCAGUCGUUCUGUCAAAUCAUGGCAAGUCUGUUUCAACUUACGCAUUUUUAGACGACGGAUCCAACCUCACGUUAAUGGAAGAGGAAGUCGCUGAAGAACUUGGAUUGAAUGGGAAUAUCAGUCCGUUAUGCAUUCAGUGGACAGGAAGUGUAACCAGGAAUGAAUCUACAUCACGGCAGGUAGAAUUGCGCAUUUCUAACGCGCAUGGUGGGCGGGAGUACACUAUCUCAGAAGUCCAAACGGUUCCUCGUCUUGACCUACCGCAACAGAACCUGGACUAUGCGGAACUUUCCAAACAGUUCCCCCACUUGAAAGGACUUCCUGUGAGCAGCUUUUCCAAUGCUGUGCCACGGAUUCUCAUUGGAUUGGAUAACGCAACACUGAAGUUGACCUUAGACAAACGCGAGAGACGCAGUAGCGAACCGGUUGCAGCCAAAACGCGCCUUGGGUGGACGAUUUUUGGCGGCGGACAGAGGGGAGUAAAACAAUCCGAUCGCGUAAUGUUUCAUAUGUGCGAUUGCACUGCAGAUGACACGCUGCACCGUCUCGUUAACAACUAUUUCGAUGUUGAAAACAUGGGAACAAAACCGGUCACAUCUUUAGAAUCUCCCGAAGAUCAACGCGCCAGGCAAAUUUUAAUGCAAACUACCCGGCGAACUGAGUCAGGGAGGUUCGAAUGUGGGCUGUUGUGGAAGAGCGACACAAUCGAGUUUCCUGAAAGCUACGCAAUGGCCGAGCGUCGCCUAGUUUGCUUGGAAAAGAAACUAGGCAAGGAUCAAGAGCUGAAAAGGAAAGUCGUAGAGCAGAUUGAAGAGUAUCUUGAGCGCGGCUAUGCACACAAAGCAACUGAAGAGGAGCUUCGUAAUUCUGAUCAACUUCGCGUCUGGUACCUUCCCUUGGGUAUUGUUCGGAAUCCUCGCAAACCUGAGAAAGUGCGCAUUGUGUGGGAUGCAGCAGCACGUGUGGGAGACGUAUCCCUUAACUCUAUGUUGCUGUCGGGGCCAGAUCUGUUGACUCCGCUCCUGAAGGUUAUGUUCCAAUUUCGACAACGGCAGUACGUUGCAGUAGGAGAUGUACGUCAAAUGUUUCACCAGUUGCUGGUUAGGCAAACAGACCGACAAGUUCAAAGAUUCUUGUUUCGAUCGGAACCGGAACAAGCGCCGACUGUAUACGUCAUGGAUGUCGUAAUCUUUGGCGCAUCAUGCUCACCGUGUCUUGCGCAAUAUGUAAAAAACACGAACGCAAGGGAAUUCGAGGAAUUGUAUCCAGAAGCUACAUUGGCGAUUAUUAAUAACACUUACGUUGAUGAUUUUCUGGAUAGCAAGGAUACGGUAGAUGAAACAGUGCGGAUAGUAGAAGAGGUGCGACUGAUUUUCGACAAAGCUGGGUUCGAGAUUCGCAACUGGCAGUCCAAUUCUGAGGAAGUUCUUCGACGGGUCGGGGUCGACUUUAUGGAAACAACGAAACGUUUUGCGGCGGAGAAAUCGACGGUGGCAGAACGAGUGCUUGGGAUGGUAUGGAUUCCCAAGGUUGAUUCUUUCGUAUUUUCUACGCAGUUCCGUGAAGAUCUUCAACCAUUAUUAACGGGGAACAUCGUUCCAACCAAGAGACAAGUUCUUCGUGUGGUAAUGAGUCAUUUUGAUCCACUCGGGAUCGUAGCUUUCUAUACAGUUCACGGAAAAAUAUUAAUCCAAGACGUGUGGAGAUCCGGCAUAAAAUGGGACGAUCCGAUAACAGUACAAAAUUUUGAGAGUUGGCAACGUUGGGUGAAAUUGAUUCCUAAUCUGAUGGAAAUUCAAAUGCCGAGAUGCUACUUCCCGAAGUACAACCUAGGAAGCUACGACACUCUCGAGCUCCAUGUUUUUGUCGAUGCUAGCUUGAUGGCCUAUUGUGCUGUAGCUUACUUCCGAAUCAUUGACAACGGUACACCUCGCUGUGCUCUAGUAGCUGCCAAAACGAAGGUGACUCCCUUGAAACCUCAAUCGAUUCCACGUAGCGAGCUGUGCGCGGGUGUGAUCGGAGUGAGGCUUCUUAAAAGCAUUCAGGAGAAUCAUUCAAUUCCAAUCCAGAAGCGCUACAUGUGGACAGACUCAACAACCGUUCUGGCUUGGUUGCGAUCAGAUCCACGAAAGUAUCAGCAAUUUGUUGCCUUCCGAGUUGCAGAAAUUCAGUCGGAAACAAGCAUUGACGAGUGGGCUCAUGUUCCGUCUAAUCUAAAUCCCGCCGAUAAGGGUACCAAGUGGGGAAACGGCCCUUGCUUUGAUCCGGAAAAUUCAUGGUUCACUGGAUCAACAUUCCUACAUCGGCUGAAGCAUGAGUGGCCACGUCAACCUACUACAUUUACCGAUCCGCAGCAGGAAGUCAAAGCGAUUCAUCAUCACGCAGUAGUUUGUGACUCGACAAUAGAUUUCACGAAUUUUUCUCGCUGGGAAGAUCUACUGAAAAGGUUAGCCUAUGUGUAUCACUUCGUUCAUUGUUGUCAAAAGCGAAGAAGAAAGUCAACGGGAUGUAGAAUUGUUAUAUUAGAACAACGAGACUUCGAAGCCGCUGAAGCAAGUGUGUGGCGAUUAGUUCAAAGACAGGCGUUUGCCUACGAAAUCGAUGUCAUUCGCAAGAACUCCGAGUUAUCAGAGGAGAACAAGAAGUCCUUGAAAAGAAGCAGUGAAAUCGGAAAAUUGUCGGCAUAUUUGGACGAUAAAGGGGUACUGCGAAUGCAAAGUCGAAUCAACACCGGUGUGGCCUAUUACUCUUUCGAUUUCGUGAGUCCAGUGAUAGUUCCUAGAAAAACACACGUCACCAAUCUGCUGAUACACAAAUACCAUCAACGUUACGGACAUGCCAAUGUAGAAACCGUCGUCAACGAGUUGCGUCAACGAUACUACAUACCCAAAAAUCGUUGCAUGGUGAAGAAUGUAGUGAAGCAAUGCGUGUGGUGUAAAGUCUACCGAGCUAAACCAAUCGCGCCCAGGAUGGCUAUGUUACCGCACCCAAGAGUUAGGCCGUACGUAAGACCAUUCACAUUUACGGGUCUAGAUUAUUUUGGACCAUUGACCGUGAAGCGAGGACGAACUAUUGAAAAACGCUGGGUGGCACUUUUCACAUGCUUAACUAUACGCGCUGUGCAUGUAGAGGUAGUCCACUCACUGUCGGCAGAUUCCUGUAAAAUGGCAAUUCGCCGAUUCGUUGCGCGGAGAGGCGCUCCUCAGCAAAUAUACAGCGAUAACGGGACCAAUUUUCGAGGGGCAGCUCGCGAACUUGCAGUCGAAAUCAAGACUAUCAAUCGAAAAUUAGCGUCCACGUUCACCAAUGCAGAAACUGAGUGGGUUUUUAAUCCUCCUUCUGCUCCACACAUGGGCGGUGUGUGGGAGCGAAAGGUGCGUUCAAUCAAAGAUGCAUUUAAAUCCCUUCACCAUGCUCGUCACCUGAACGAUGAGGAAUUGAUGACCUUUAUGGCAGAAGCGGAGAUAAUUGUCAAUUCCCAUCCUCUGACAUUCAUACCCUUGGAGCAUUCAUCUGACGAGGCCAUAACACCGAACAAUUUCAUUCUCAUGAGUUCGAGCGGCGCUAACACCACUUCAAGAAUAUCGGUGAAUGAGGACUUUCCAUUGAGAGUCAAUUGGAAGAUGAUGCAACAGCUUUUAAACCAAUUUUGGAAGCGGUGGAUUCAAGCUUACCUUCCAACCAUAGCUCGCAGGACCAAGUGGUUUAGCGACGUUCGUCCGCUUCAAAAUGGAGAUCCAGUGGUCAUUGUAGACGAGACGGUCCGUAACGGAUGGUUACGAGGUCGAAUCACUAAAAUCUACCUCGCGAAGGACGGUCAGGUGAGGAAGGUUGACGUCCAAACGUCGUCUGGAGUGCUUCAAACACCAACGAUCAAAGUAGCCUUGCUGGACAUCAUUGAGAGUAAGACCAUUCAAGAUGAAGGUAUUACGGGUCGGGGUGUUGCGAAAUGCGGGUAUUAG